GAGUGGGCCCGGUUGUACUCGCUCGGUGUCCCAGGGAAAGUACACCAGCGGUAUAUAUAUUCGAGUGAUUGGCGUGGCUGAGAUUCAGUAUACACAUUAAUACCUGGACAAGGAGCAUGGGCACCAUGCAGUACGUUAUUUUCCUGGGCCUGCUGACGAGUUCGGCGGUGUUCUGCGAAGAGGCAGCAACAAAGCAGGCGGAAGAUGCUGGCAAGGACACGAAGACGAAGCGAGGUUUGGAGCUCGGAGAUUUCGGCGGGUUUGAGCACGGCGGUGGAUUCGAUGGGAUCGGCCUCGGAGGAGGCGGUGGUGGCGACCACGGAAAAAUUUCAGCGAUCACGAUCCACCGCGAAGUCAAAGUUCCGGUGCCAGCUCCGUACACCGUGGAGAAGAAGAUCCCGGUGCCUUACCCGGUGCACGUUAAAGUACCAGUAGAUCAUCCCGUGCCCGUCCAUGUACCGGCGCCGUACCCUGUCCACGUUGAGAAGCACGUGCCUUAUCCGGUGGAAAAGCCCGUGCCUUACCCGGUCAAGGUGCCCGUAAAAGUCCCGUACAAAGUCCCCUACCCGGUUGAAGUACCGGUCAAGGUGCCAGUUCCGGUUCACAAGGAAGUCCCGUACCCUGUCAAAGUUCCCUACUACGUAAAGGAGUCUUACCCGGUCUACGUUCACGCGAAACACGGUCACGAGGAUGGCGGUUACGCGAGCGGUUUCGGCUACGGUGGCGGCCACGAGCACUUUGACUUUGGACAUCACUGAGUCCGGCGAGCCGCGGUCACCAGGCUCCGAAUCGACGCCCUACAUUCCCCCCUCGUCCCUCCUGCAUGCGACCCGUCAAAACCACGAUCCCCCGAAUUCGCUUCGCCACGUUUUUUAUUCUCUCCAUUUUCCUCUGCCAGCCUCCCCGCCCUCUCUUCAUCCGUUUAAUCUCUCGUCAGGUUCAACAUCCGAUUGACAAAUGUAAAUAAAAUGGCUCUGUACGGCGUGCGUGUACAUGUAAAUGCUCGAAAGCCAGACACGUUCAACCACACGAUGAUCAAAUAAAUUAUUGAUUGAUACGCGA